GGUUCUAGGAAAUUCUUCGGCUAUCAAGAGAAGAUCCGUCAUCUGUACUGCAAAUCGUGAUGCUGUUAAUGGGCGUUGACAUUGGUCCGGCCCAUCGGAACAUGCUCCACCACUCGUAUGCCUCGAUCUUUUAAUAUCGGUACUUGUACUCGGAGUGCCAAGUUUACCACUGCUGCGAGUGAAAUGACGCUAUUUCUGUACAUCAAGGACACGGCAGGAUGUUUCGCAGUGGUCUUGGAGGCGGUUGAGAAACUCGAAAAUAAUGAUAAGGAUCUACAGGCGCUAGCAGGUACAAUCGUGAUGAUGAAUCAGAUUGUUAAACAGACUGCCGAGGCACACGGAGAGGCCAGCGUUCCAUCUAUACCUUCCGUGUCAUUCAUCGAGCUGAAAGUAGCUCCCAAGCAAGUAUGCAAAUGAUGGUCGAGUCUUUUCUGUAUGUACUACUAGUUGGCGAAGAUCAUAUUUCGUAGUACAACAUGGAUCUCCUUCGAUGACCAUAUUAACUGCAGUCGUGUCGCUCUACAGCGAAAUGCCAAUAGUAUUGCA